AUGUUUAUCUCACGAGAACACUUAGAGGGGAACUCCCCAUCACGCGAACACGGGAUAGGGGCUCGCCUAGAGGCCACCUUUCGCUGGUCAUAUUGUGAAUUUCUGAAAGAUGUCGGCAUUGAACUCAAAAUGCCGCAGUUGACUAUCGCGACAGCAGUGGUAUUAUGCCACCGCUUCUACGCGAAGCACUCGCACGGAAUUAAAGAAAAUGAUCGUUUUAUUGUGGCAACAGCUUGCUUGUUUCUGGCUGCUAAAGUUGAGGAGACACCUAAGCCGCUGAAAGAAGUGGUUAGAGUGGCUUACCUCGUCCAACACAAAAACGAGUACGAUGAUGCGGUGAAACGCAUCCAUCAGAAGGAACGAUUUGAGGAGCACAGAGAAAAAGUGCUUCAGGCGGAGCGUCUUAUACUACACACUGUUGGAUUCGAUUUCAAUGUUGAGCACCCAUACAAACACAUCUUGAAUAUAGCCAGAGAACUCGGUCAACGCGAAGAGCAGCUGGAAAUUCAUCAUCGCAGGGCUACUCAGGUUGCUUGGAAUUUUGCAAAUGACAGUUUGCGAACCACGCUAUGUUUGCAGUUUUGUUCUCAUGAUAUAGCACGCGCUGCCGUUAAUCUUUCCUUCAACAUAUUACAAGCAACGCAGCGCAACCCGCAAAAAUUGUUGGACGAACGAGCAUCAAAGGAUGCUAUAUGCGAGGAAAUAUGCAAUCAAAUUAUGGACCUUUACGAUGAGACGAAUGCAUCUUUUAUAGGAUGA